AUGGCAUCUCCGCGGGACAAAAUAUGUCACCAGCUCAAGCUGGCAACCCGCCAUUCCUCCCACCGCCCGUCGGCGGCGCAAAGGGCGGCGUCUCCCAUUGCGACCCUGAGAGACACCCUCACCCUGCCCUUGUCGCUGCAACUCCCGGAAUCUCUCCCCCAACUACCGCCUCUCCCGCAGCUACCGCCCCUCCCGCACCUACCGCCCUUCCCGCAGUUACCGCCCCUUCCGCAAUUACCCCCCCUUCCGCCGCUUCAUAUCCCGCAUCUUCCGCGCAACCUCCAAGAAUGGCGCGACAACUUUCAAUGGCCCCCAGCCGGUUGGGACUGGGCGGAGCUCCGCCGCAUGCUCGCCUCCGCGCUGCACGCGGAAGGCUCCGCGGCGGGCCCGCUUGCCGCAUGGGCGGCGGCGGCGGCGGCGGCGGGGCUAGACUUGAACGCAUGGGGCCUGCUAGGGCUGCUGGAAGAUGGCGGGGGGGAGGGUGAGGGGGGGCGGCGCGCGCAAGGGGAGGGGGUCGCGGUAGCUCGGCGCUUGGCGGCGUUUCGUCCCCACGAGAACCCGCUUCUUCGCGACGCGCUGUUGAAGCAAAUGCGCGUAGUAGCCGCCGCACGAGACGCUGGCAGGCCAAUAGCUGGAGCUGAUACAAACGUUGAUAUCUGCAUUAGCGAGUUCGAAGGCGUACACUAUCGCGUACAGGUGGAAGAAUCGGAUCCUGGAACGCUCCUCUUAUCCAUAGCGAUCCCGCAGGCAGGUCCCGAGGUGAUGACCAGCGCAGGACUGCCACGUGGCGCAAUCGAGGCCGUCCACCUCGGGUACUGGCAGAUCGCGACCGUUCUGCCGACGCCUGAACCCGGAUAUAAUCUCACGCUGGUAGUUAAUCUCGCGCGUCUCCCGGACCGCGACUCCACCCGGGAAGCCAUUGCUUGCAAGCUCGCGCGCUUGCGCUCGUUCGUCAUGGGCGCGCCGCUCCGCGCUGCGCUGCUUCCGCUACGCGCGGGCGGGGUGAUAGGGGUCGGCGGAACGGCGGGCGGGAGCGACCUGGGGGAAGCUGCGCGCGGAUUGGGGGGCGCGGUUGGGGAGUCGUGGGGAGGAGCGGGGAUGCUGACGAGUGUGGUGCACCGGAAGGGGCGGGUGAUGUUCGUGGUGUCGCGCGGGGCGAGUGUGACUAUAGUGAUUCCGAUGCGUUUUAAGGACAUGGAUGAUGCUGUUAUCGCGACCCAGGAAGCGCCUAUUCAGUACCGGUCCGCUAAUGCUGGAUACGCGUGCUUCGACGUGGGGAGGCGGCACUUGGAGGGGGGAAGCGGGGGAAGCGGGGGAGGCCCGGGGGGCGGGGGAGGAAGCGGGGGAGGAGGAGGGGGGGAAGGGGGAGAAGCGGGGUGGCGGUGGGAGCGCGUGGUGUGGGGGCUGGAGAGCUUUCACGGCGUGGUGGCUAAUCAUGUGCGGUGGAGCAAGGUGGCCAUGCGCCGACGCAUGCGCGCUUGGGAAGAGCGGCUGCACCAGCGCCUUCCUCAGCCUCCCCCGCCUGUGAUGCGCCACUCCCCCCACAAGGAGUCCCCCUCUCUCCCCCUUCCGCUGCUGGCAUGCGUGGAUGAUGAGGAGGAGGGGGAGGAGGGGGAAGUGUGGGGGGAAGGGGGAGCGGAUGGGGGGGUUCAUGGGGCGGAGGCAGCAGCAUUGGCGGAAGAAGUGGCUGGGAUGAUGCGGGGAGGAGGGAGGGAGGAGGGGGGAAAGGGGGAGGGGUCAAGAGGGGGGCGGAGAAAGGGGAGGAGUGGGGGGAAGGAAGAGGGAGAUGGGAUGGGGAGUGGGAAGGAAAGGAGAUUGAGAAGGAAAGGAUUGGAGGCGGGGUUGAAAGGGGAUGUGGGUGGGAAGAGUGGGAAGGAGAGGAAGGGGAGGGAUGGAGACCCAUGGAUGGUGGAGGGGCGUGAUAGUGAGGUGGUGGAGGGGCGUGAUAGUGAGGUGGUGGAGGGGCGUGAUAGUGAGGUGGUGGAGGGGCGUGAUAACGAUGGGAAGGGGAUGGGAGGGCAUGCAUUGCAGGCUGGUGGACUGAGGGAGACGAAGGGAGGCGAGGAGGUCCAAGAAGGGAGACGAGAGGAGGAGAAGGAUUUGGAAGGAGAGGAGGUGAAGGAAACAGGAGGUGAGGAGGAGAAAGAAACGGGAGAAAAGGAGAAGGAAAAGGAAGGAGAGGAGAAGGAAAAGGGAGGAGAAGAGAUGGAAAAGGGAGGAGAGGAGAAGGAAAAGGAAGGAGAAGAGGAGAAGGAAAAGGGAGGAGAGCGGGUGAAGGGAACGGGAGGAGAGGAGGAGAAGGAAAAGGAAGGGGAGGAGAAGGAAAAGGGAGGAAAAGUGGAGAAGGAAAAGGGAGGAGAGGAGAAGGAAAAGGGAGAAGAGGAGGUGAGGGAAAAGGGAGAGGUAAUGAAGGAAAAGGAAGGAGAGAAGGAAAAGGGAGGAGAGGAGAAGGAAAAGGGAGGAGAGAAGGAAAAGGUAGGAGAGGAGAAGGAAAAGGGAGGAGAGGAGGUGAAGGAAAAGGGAGGAGAGGAGGUGAAGGGAAAGGGAGGAGAGGAGGUGAAGGAAAAGGGAGGAGAGGAGGUGAAGGAAAAGGAAGGAGAGGAGAAGGAAAUGUUAGGAGAGGAGGAGAAGGAAAAGGAAGGAGAGGAGAAGGAAAAGGUAGGAGAGGAGAAGGAAAAGGGAGGAGAGGAGGUGAAGGAGAAGGAAGGAGAGGAGAAGAAAAAGGUAGGAGAGGAGAAGGAAAAGGGAGGAGAGGAGAAGGAAAAGGGAGGAGAGGAGGUGAAGGAAAAGGGGGGAGAGAAGGAAAAGGGAGGGCCGGAUGUGAAAGAAAAGGGAGGAGAGGAGGAGGAAAAGGAGACGGAAAAGGGAGGAGAGGAGAAGGAAAAGGGAGGAGAGGAGAAGGAAAAGGGAGGAGAAGAGGUGAAGCAAAAGGGAGGAGAAGAGAAGGAAAAGGGAGGAGAGGAGGUGAAGGAAACGGGAGAAGAGGAGGUGAAGGAAAAGGAAGGAGAGGAGGAGGAAAAGGGAGGAGAGGAGGUGAAGGAAAUCGGUGGAGAAGAGGAGAAGGAAAAGGGAGGAGAAGAGUUGAAGGAAAAGGAAGGAGAGGAAAAGAAAAAGGUAGGAGAGGAGAAGGAAAAGGGAGGAGAGGAGGUGAAGAAAACGGUAGGAGAGGUGGUUAAGGAAAAGGGAGAAGAGAAGGAAAAGGGAGGAGAGGAGGCGAAGGAAAAGGAAGGAGAGGAGAUGAAGGAAAAGGAAGGAACGGAGGUGAAGGAAAAGGAAAGAACGGAGGUGGAGGAAACAGGAGGAGAAGGGGCCAAGGAAAUGGAAGGACAGCAAGCUGAACUUGCUGAUGGAGAAGGGGUUAAGGAGGGAGAAGAGGUUAAGGAGGGAGAAGAGGUUAAGGAGGGAGACGAGGUUAAGGAGGGAGAAGAGGUUAAGGAGGGAGACGAGGUUAAGGAGGGAGACAACAAGAAGGAUGGAGGUGCAAAGGAGGGUGAAGUGAAGGAGGGUGAUGCGAAGGAGGGUGAAGCAAAGGAGGGUGAAAGAAAGGAGGGUGAGAGAGGGCAGGGUGAAGGAAAGGAGGGUGAAAGAAAAGAGGGCACACUAAGGAAGGUGAAGCAUUAA